AUGAAGAAUUCGUUCUUUUCUCAAUCGGCUCCCCCUCCUCUCUCGGCCCUAAAAGACAGAUUGAUUGACAAUCAUUUUUUAUCUAUCUAUCUAUCUAUCUAUCUAUCUAUCUAUCUAUCUAUCUCUAUCUCCCAGACUUCUUUCUUUCUUUCUUACUUUCUAGUCCAUUUUUUCUUUAUUUAUUUCUAUCUAUCUAUCUAUCUAUCUAUCUAUCUAUCUAUCUAUCUAUCUAUCUCGCCCAGACUCUUUCUUUCUUUCUUUCUUUCUAGCCCAGUCUUUUUCUAUCUAUCUAUCUAUCUAUCUAUCUAUCUAUCUAUCUAUCUAUCUAUCUAUCUAUCUAUCUAUCUAUCUAUCUCGCCCAGACUAUUUCUUUCUUUCUUUCUUUCUAGCCCAGUCUUUUUCUAUCUAUCUAUCUAUCUAUCUAUCUAUCUAUCUAUCUAUCUAUCUAUCUAUCUAUCUCAGUCUAUUCAUAUCUAUCUAUCUAUCUAUCUAUCUAUCUCAGUCUAUUCAUAUCUAUCUAUCUAUCUAUCUAUCUAUCUAUCUCAGUCUAUUUAUAUCUAUCUAUCUAUCUAUCUAUCUAUCUAUCUAUCUCAGUCUAUUCAUAUCUAUCUAUCUAUCUAUCUAUCUAUCUUAGUCUCUUUAUAUCUAUCUAUCUAUUUAAAUAUGUAUCUACCUAAUAUAUCUAUCUAUCUUACGCGCGCUAAAAUAUCUCUUGGUCAGGUUUCGCAGUCAACCGCUCAAAUUCCCCGAGACGACGCUGCCUCCCACUUGUCUCCCAAAUGGCAUGUAACUCCCCACUCCCGGACCGCUGCCUAA